AUGGUACACUUCAAGUUAAACUCUUUAUUGUCAAUAGGACUCAGUGCUGCUUACUUGUUCUCCCUGAUGGGAUUACCUGAGGUGAGCUGUAAGAAUAUUGCGGAUUUAACCCCUUAUAAGGACGAAAAUGGUAAAAUACAUUUGAUGGUGGAUGAAAAUCAUUUGGGAAAGAGAGACGCUGUUAGGCCACUACUAGCCCUUGAAGACAUUAUUAAUGGGGAAAAAUUACUGUCAAAGAGGGAACCGGUAGAUCCCAAGAGUUUUUUUGAGCCGGAUGGAGAUAACUUCAAAGGUGGCCAAAAAAAUUUCGCUGGCGACGUGAUGAUAAUGGAUUUGAACUCCAAACUACCAACUUUGAGAGAAAUCUCAAUUUUCUAUGAAUAUAUGAGAAACGAUAUAGUUUUUUCGCAAAAGUUGGGCGACGACAAUGCUGAUCUGAUCGUGAUUGCUCCAAAAAAUGAUGCUAUCUCUAGAUUAGGACUCAAGCCAUGGCAGUUUCCCAAAAAUAUUGAAAACAUGGAGGAUGACGGCGCUUUAGAAGCUGAUAUUCAAAGUGCUAUCGAGAAUAACAUUCAGGAGUUUGUCAGGUCACACAUAGUCGACUAUGAUGACAGCAAAUCAGCUAAUUUUGAGGAAUUACGUUGCACAAUUUUGAAAAGUGUUGCAAUGGAGCAAUCAAAUGAUGAAGGCAGUGGUGAUAUUUUGCUUAAGAAAGAGAACGAUCAGUUUUAUAUUGCUUCAAUUAGGGAUGAGGAGUUUCAUUUAGUGGAGAAGGUCGAAACUGGAGCUAAUGGCGUCAUUUUGAUCGUUGACACUUGCUUAGUUUUCCCUCAAAAUGUUUGA